CUUCUAUAUAUACAUGUAACCAUUUAAUUUCCUUUCUCUCAAGUGUCUUCAACAUUUACUCUUGUGUCUUUAGCUCCUCUAAACCCUUUUGAUAGCAAGGUCUCAAGCUUUCCUUUUCCUUUCAAAUACAUGAGCUAGAAUUUAAAGCACCUAGUCUGGUGUGACAUUGGGCAUUCAAGGAAGCAUAAAUUGGUGGACACUCAUAAUCUUACGGUAAACAUUAACCAGCAAAUGUUAAGUGGUUGCGUAAACAAGCAUGCUAUUGAAAAUUCCCAAGUCCAAAAGAGAUUUAACCUUUCCAUCGAUAGUGGGAAUUCAUCUAUGAUUUCAAAAAUCUAUGAUUUCAUUGGAACAUGGAUGAUGGGAUUAGUAAAUAGAUUAAUUAAAGGGAGAGAAACAAGGAAAGUGCAUGUAGGAAAGAAGAAUGUAGGAGACGAUGGACAUGAGUACAACUAGAGGGCACAAUGAAUUCAGAUGGCUCCAAAGGAAAGGUGCCGUAGCAAGAAGACAUGCAAUCCAACUUUGUCCCCAAGGUCCAAAAACGUGAGAAAAAGGAAACGCCAUAACGUUUUCAUCGAACGGAAACAAAGAAAAGCCUGUUGUCUCGAUCCCUCCUCUGUUUCCAUCUACCCUUCCCCCAUCACGAACAGUAACAUACAACAGCUCAUAAUUUACCUAUUUUUAACCCUUUCCUUUUCUCUGCCUCAAACCUGCUUUUGAUCAUCAGCCACUAGGUAUGGACUCGGACCCACCAUUCCACGAGACUUACAAGACCCUCUUUGCCAACUCCAUCAUCGAGUCCUCUCCAAGCAACGACGACCCUGGCUACGCGGUCGAGGAACGGGAGCUUCCCUUGAUUGAUCUAAGCCGACUAGGCCUCGGCUGCGAGCUGGAGAGAGAAGGGUGCAAGAAAGAGAUAGCUAGGGCUGCGCACGAGUGGGGUUUUUUCCAGGUCUUAAAUCAUGGGAUUUCCAGGGACAUACUGGAGACGAUGAGAAACGAGCAAGUGAAAGUUUUCAAGCAGCCUUUUCACAACAAGUUCAGGAAUUUCUCCGCUGGUAGCUACCGCUGGGGCACACCCACAGCUACUUCCCUAAAGCAGCUAUCAUGGUCCGAAGCUUUCCACAUUCCCAUGACCGAUAUCUCAACCCCUGGCGGCUUCGACACUACUCUCAGCUCACCAAUGGAACAGUUUGCUACGAAAGUUGCCAGUCUUGCUCAGGAGCUGGCCGAAAUUUUGGCAGAGAAACUGGGUCACAAGUCGACUUUUUUCCAGGAAAAUUGUUUGCCCAGUACCUGCUACCUCCGACUCAACAGAUACCCGCCAUGCCCAAUUGCUUUAGAAAUGUUUGGUCUCAUGCCACACACUGAUAGCGACUUCCUCACCAUAUUGCACCAAGAUCAGGUCGGAGGAUUGCGGUUAGUGAAAGAUGGGAAAUGGAUUGCUGUCAAACCUAACCCCGAAGCUUUAAUCAUCAACAUUGGAGAUUUAUUCCAGGCAUGGAGCAAUCUUUUUUACAAGAGUGUGCAACAUUGUGUCGUCACGAACCCAUCAAAAGAAAGGUUUUCCGCUGCAUAUUUCCUUUGCCCAUCGCACGAGACUGUCAUAGAGAGUUGCAGCAAGCCUUCGGUUUACAGGAAGUUUAGCUUUACGGAAUAUAGACAGCAAGUGCAGGAGGAUGUUCAAAAAUAUGGGUACAAAGUAGGACUCCCCAGGUUUCUAGUAUAAAUAUAUAUAUCUAUUCACCAAGUAAAUAUUUGAUUGCAUAUCUCUUCUAGCUAGCUUAGGCCAAAUUUGUAUAAAAUUUGUGGCUCGAUCUUCCCCCCACCACCACCCCAAAAAAAUGUUGUAUAAGUUUUUGUUUGAUUAGAAAAUUGAAUGCAAAUUGUGAUGGAAUUGGAAACAGAGAUAUAUCAAG